AUGACCGCGAAUAAACAACCCAUACAGACAACGGGCCGGCUGGUGGCGACAUUUGUUAUCCCACAGGGUAAACCACAUGUUUUUGAUUCAGAUCGCCGGUAUCGUCACAAUUGGCCUCGGACUUUGGCUACUCUGGGAUCCUGUUGCGUCAGAGUUUUUCGCUCUGCAUUCGGCUCACCAUGGGUCAUUUCGGAUUGUUGGAUGGUUGUUGUUGGCAGCUGGAGCUAUCAUAACAUUCGUCGGCUGUUGUGGUUGCUGCGGAGCAUGGAAAAUGAACCAAUGCGCUCUACUUGGAUUUUUCAUCAUUCUCGUCAUAGUGUUCUGUCUGGAAUUGGCAGCAGCAUAUAUAGCCUAUAA